AUGGAGGGUUAGGUGGUGCAAUCCGUGUUCAUAUUCGUUUGCUAUCUCCAAAUUUUAUCUUAUCUUUUCUCCUUUCUGCCGCGUGAGUUGCGCGGGUGGAAUUGGGGUGGACUUGGCGCCCAAGUCCACCUCGCUCCAUAAAACGAGCUCGCAUGGAGGUGUGGAGGAGCGCCGCCACAACAGUAGAGCGCACACAAGCUAGCUAGCACCGCGAGCGAGCAAUCGGCCGGCGACCGGAGAGACGACGUGUUUGCGGCGUCGACGACGAGAUUCGGUGACUGGCCCGGCCCCGACGAGGCGAAGGCGGCGGAGCGAGACAUGCACCAGAAACGUCCGGCGCCAGCAGCACAGGCACCGGCGGUGGUGCCUGCACCGAAGCGCCUGCAGGUCGCUGCUGCUGCUGCUGCUGUCGGCGUCGGCGGCGGCGGCGGCGGCAGCGUGGCCGUGGCGACUGCCCAGCCGGCGCCGACGUCGCCGCCGGGGAAGCGGCACCAGCUCCGCUCGGGCAUGCUCGUCCUCUUCUUCGUCGCGCAAGUCAAGGAGGAGCUGAGGUGCAACCGGCGACUUCGUCGAGUGAUACGUGGAGAGAAUGCUAUUUCUCAGAAGAAAGCAAUCGAAGAGUUCGACUGUGUCUUUCAGAAAGCAUUUGACAAUGCAUUUCAGAAGCAUCUUGAUCCAAUUUACCGGUCCCUUCAAUCCCUUACCAGGCGCACUGAUAAUCUCAGCCAUGAAGUGGAACAAAUCAAACAUUCAUCUUAUAACAAUCAUGCUAAUGAGCGUUACAGUCGUAGAUCGGAGCCAAAUCAAGAGCCUGCUGAGGAAAUGAAUCAAGAACAACAAGCUAUUAGAUUUGCCGCGACCGAACAAAGAUUUGAGUUGAGAUUCCUCAAUAAGUUGAACCCUCUCGUUUAUACAAAGGACAAAAUUACAGCAGAGGAUGGUGCAGCUAUCAAAAUUGCCAUAUUUCAGAACAAUCAGAUAGUUAAAUCCGGUCCACUUUCUUCUGCAAGAAUUGAAAUUUUGGCUCUUGAAGGUGACUUUAUCGAUGUUGUCCCUGAUAAUUGGACUGAAUCUCAGUUUGCUAGCCACAUACCAAACUUUCCACAAGGACCUGUGUUGGGAGGAGUUUGUCAGAUCAAGCUGAAGAAUGGAGAGGCUUCUUCUUCUGACGUUUCUUUCAAUAUGCCAUCUUCGAAGACCCCAAGUGGAAAGUUCAUUCUGGCAGCAAGAGUUCAUAGCAGUGACCAACCUGGGUUUAGGAUUAUGGAAGCCUUGAUGAAUCCUGCCGUGGUGCAGGUUCACCGAAACAAACUAAACAGGAGUAGUGACCGUCCGAAGCUGAAAGAUGAAGUACAUCGUUUAAAGGGAAUUUCAAGAACCGGAUGUCGUGCUAAGUGGCUGAAAGAUAAUCAGAUCAACACCGUGGAGGAGUUCAUAAAGGCUUUAAAUAAGGAUGAAGAGAAGAUCCGCAAUGAGUGCUUCAAGCUAAAGAAGGACAACAAGGAUUGGAAAGAUACUGUUACACAUGCCAGAGAAUGUGAUCUCGAAGGGAAUCGCAAGCUGAAAUCAUAUAGAGUUGAAGAGCAAAAUGUUGUACUCUUCUUUAACUGCGUGCACGAUCUCGUUGGAGCAGCUUUUCGUGGUUGCUAUGCUUCAAAAAACACUUUUAGUUCAGAUCAGCAGGAGACAGUGAAUUUUUUGAAAAAACAAGCAUAUGAUGUUCUGGAUGACAUUGCCUUUGACGACAAAAUGAAAGACAACUAUCCAGAAUCUUUAUCUUCAACUCUGAACACAAGCAUUGGUGAUCAUGCUUCCAUUAGGUUCACAUACACAGCGCCAAAUCCUCCAGAUUUGCAUUUUACAUAUCAAGUUCAAGAUAUUGCAGCAGCUGAGAUUUGUCAUGCAAAUGAACUGCUUCAAGAACAUCCUAACAGUAAUAAUGAUUCGGGACAACACUUUUUACAUGGCUAUCAAGGUAAUCAAGCAGUUGCUAUGAAUCAGAUGAUCCUUGAAUAUCCCCAAGAGAUUCACGCUAUGCAGAGCUAUAUUGCACAGGCAGCUGAAGGUACUUCUUAUGGAGGCAAUAACAUGAUCGGACCAGCCAAUAUGCCACAGAGUGUGAUUGGUAACAGCAGCUUUGCACAGGGCUUCCUCGACGCUGACGACAACAGUGGAGAUGCAUACUUUGGACUGUUAUCCAGCAUACGUUUCUCUGGACAAUGAGAGGCCUCGUAGCAGCUCUGCAUAUCCAGGACCGUUUUAAUUGGAGGCUUUGCUGCUAGGAUAUCCAGGAGUAGUGAUCUGUCAUGAUUGCUGAUUAAUUUAUUUAUUUUAUUCUUUGAUUUGGUGGAUGUGUAAGCAUUUGUUGAUUCAGAAAAUUGAACCGUAUUGUUAUGCUAAGAAAAUAAGGUUUACUGUUAUGUUAUUACAAAAUUGAACUGUUAUGUCACUACGGUUUCCGAACUACUGACUGCUGUAUUACCCUAGAAAUGUUUAUGAUAUAUUUUGUCCACUUUCUAAUAGAUAACGCUUGAC